AGGUGGUGGCGAAGCCCUAAAUUGACGCACUUUCUCACCAUUCUCUCUCAAAUUCUGCCGCUCUCUUUCCCAUUGUCGCCUCUCUCUCGCUCUAGCUCUCGCUCUCGCGCUUCCUUUCCCCUGUCUUCGGCCAUCGCUUCCGGUCUCACCCUCCAUAGCUCGCUUCCUGCCUUUAGCGCACAGAUCGCGGCGCGCGCGAUCUGUGCGCCCGGCACUCGCCGUCGUCGGUGACUGCGGCCUCAACGGACGGCGUUCGUCACUCGUCAGAAUUCUGUUUCAUAUCAAUUUGAUUGAGUUGAGAAUGGUGAGAAACUGGGCAGAUCUCUCACAAGAGUUGCUAGAACUAUGCUCGCAAAAUCUUUGUCCCAAGGACUUGUGGGCGUUCCGAGCAGUGUGCCAAUCUUGGCGAUCCGCUCCUCUUAAAGAGAGGAGCAAUGUCCCAUGGAUGAUGCUCGAGGACCAUCAUGAGACGCUGUGGCGCGAGUGUUUUUGCCUCUCAUGUCAGCGGGUUCACAGAGUGCUCAUGCCGGAAGCGAAGGGGAAGACAUGCUUCUCUUCACGGGGUUGGGUGUUCACGCUUGGCAGAGACUGGGAAGUCUACAUGUUGAAGAAUCCAAUGUCGCAUCACAAUUAUAUUAUUAAGCUUCCCAAGUUGAAGUUUCCUGACAUUGAAGACUUGCCUCACUAUGAUAAUUUCAGCGCUAAGUUCGUCCUAUCUGCUAGCCCUACUACAUCUCUAGAUUACAUGGUCAUGGUCAUCUACGGGAGGGGUGGACGGCUUGGUUUUUGGAAACCUGGCGACAAGGAGUGGACGGCAGUGGAUUACCCCAGCCCCACGUGUUGGGAUCUCGUAUUUUACAAGGGGUGUUUUGUUGCUGUCGAUUGUGAGGGUAGCAUAUUGAGGUGUGACGUGAAUGGACCAACUCCGUUCGAAACUCAAGUAAUUUUCAGGAUGCCGCGAAGACUUGUGCAUUGGGAGCACCCAGAUCUAGUUCAACCAACGACGGGACAUCGGCUGCUCAUGUCUGGAGUGUAUUUAGUGCAAUCACCAACCGGAUCUCUAUUGUUUGUGUCACGAUGGGAAGAACGUGAACCUGCUCGAACCUUUCGAUUUCAGGUUUUCGAGAUUGACUUGAAUACUCAAACGUACACAGAAGUUAAGAGCUUGGGGAGCACAUCCCUGUUCUUGGGAUCCAAUUCUUCCUUCUAUUUGGAGGCCAAUGAAGAGCAUCACAUUAAGCCGGAUUGUAUUUACUUUGCUGAUGAUUCAUGGCCCUGGCUGAGUGAAGAGGGAGGAGGCAGGGACAUGGGAAUAUACCACAUCGAAGAUCGUACGACCGAGCUGUAUUUUAUGGCAAUGGCUUAUGACCAUUACUCUUUUCCGCUUUGGAUUGAACCAAGCUUUUAACCAAUAGUUAAAGAGUUUGGCUUUUUAAUUAUUGAUAAGGUGAGUAGAUUGGUGGAAGGCUAUGCUAUAUAUAGUAGGGAAUUAAUUUCAGAAAAAUUUAGAAGUGAAAUUGUACUGAAAAUCAUUUGGGUUGUAUGAUCAAGUUUUUUCCUCGUUUAAUUUC